UCCAGACAACUUCGCAACCUUCUCCACUCCAACCCAACGGAGCCGGCUCCGCACCCACGGCUCCGAAGCUGAAUCCGCUCCAGUUACUCCGAAACCGACUCCGCACCAACGACUCCGCGCUCACGGCUCUGGAGGCAGUUUUUGCAGACCGGCUUUUUUUUACCAAAAAAAUCAUGUUCAAUAAAGUUUCAAUCGGGAAGAUCCAUAAUUAGCUGAGUAAAUAAUGUUGAAAGGAAUCUAUACAAAAAUCGAUAAGUGUUGAACAUUGUUCAACAAUCACACAAUCACAUCGGGUGUUAGCUUCUACACUUGCGAGAAGAUAGAUUCGUUUUUUACGCUAUCAUACAAUGCCGUCCCUAUUGAAACGUUAGUCCAGAGCCGUUGGUCCGAAGCCGUUGAUUCACCGCCGGCUCCGGAGCCAUUGAUUCGUCGCCAGCUCCGGGGCUGUUGAUGCGGACCCAGCUCCGGAGCUGUUGGUGUGGAUCCGGCUCUGGAGCCGUGGGUGCCGAGCCGACUUCGGAGCCAUUGGUGCGCUUCAAAACACCUAUCCCUAUUCGGCAGUAACACUAUGACAAAAGUAUGAAUGUGUGUGUUAACUUUCAGCCAAUUCUAUUCUUGUAGUGGUUAGUAUCAUUUUAAAAGAGAUUAUUUCAGUGUUGAAUUCAAAAUAUUGUUACACUGUAAUACAACAUUUGAAACAAAAAAAAGACAUAAGUAUCCUCUCAAAACAUGUGGCAAGGCCGGUUGGGGUGUUGGAGUUGCAGCACAUUUUUUAUUGAAAAAAAUAUUCAUAGGAUUUGUAAAAUUCUAAUUUUACAACGAUAUGUUAUAAAACAUUAUUGUGACCCUAUAAGACAAUUUUAAUUCAAAUCUAAGUAAUUCAAAAUAUAUACGCAUUUAACCAUGAAAAACAUGAUUCUUCCAUACAAAAUGUAUGGCCUACAUGGGUAAAUUAUUUAUAUAAACUUAAAUAAUUUAAAAAAAUAUUUAAACAUUUUUGAUAUUUUUUAUUAUUUGCACUUGGGUAGAAAACAUCUUUUCUGAGGCAUUUUUAAAAUUUGAUGUCGAUACGAUUUUUUAAUCCAAAGUUAUUUUGAAAUAAAGAUGCGAAACAUACCCGGGUAGGCGGUUGUACACAUGACGGUUAACGUUGCUGUUCAGAUUGUCAACUGGGUGUGCGGAUCGAAUCGCGCAGCUUUCCAAACGUCAACGAAUAAUUCCACCACAAAGAACAUUCUUUUGUGCGAGUUCAAAGAAACGUGUUCGAUUCGCAUGCUUCUUGAGGAACAGAACGAUUGAGUGACUUAGCAAGUUUCAAUUACUAACCAGAGUACGUUUGUUUUAUUUAGUGGCAGUAUUCAGUUUUUUCUGUUUGUCUUCUGUUGGCUUAAAGAAUGGAGGAAGCUAAUGCAGUAUUUCAUGAAGGCUUGGACAUGUUUUACGAAACACAGCCUGUGACAUCGAGAGCAAAAUAUACGCAUGUGUUGUUUGCAAAAAUGUACGAUACAUUCCUUAAACCCAGUAUAUUACAAGCAAAACUUAACAAUCUAAAUACUAAAGAGACUAUCGAGCUCCUGGCCCCCAAAAUUGGAGAGUGGAUUCGUAACAAUUCCGUUCGAGAACGAUUGAACUUGCGCAACGAUUUAAAGGACAAUGCAAAAGCGACUCUGCUACGGUCCCAAGGAAAUAAAAUGUUUCACCCGAACGUGAAACGCUACAUCGAGGCCAUCAAGCUGUACAAUGAGAGCAUCGCCUUUUCCGAAAAAGGAUCGACAGAAAGGGCAUUGGCCUAUGUAAAUCGCUCAAACAUUUGUCUGAAGAUGCAACGCUUUGAAGAAUGUCUGAAGAACAUUCGGCUUGCUCGUGAGUCAAACUAUCCUGGAGAAAAGUUGAAUCAACGCGAAAAAGAGGCCAAAACUGCUUUGGCAAAGGCUCGGAACAAGAAUGCUUCUUCGAGCAAGGUUUCUCCGGAUGUGGUGGAAGAGCCCGAGCUAAGCUAUCCGGCCAAAGAGAAUGCGCCGCAAGUUGCCAACUGUCUGGAACUGCGCAAAAACGUAGAAUAUGGACGACAUGUGGUUGCCACUCGUAAGCUGAAGGUGGGCGAUGUCGUGAUGAUCGAAAGGCCGCUUGUUACCGUGCUGAAGGAUUCAUUCCGAUAUGUGCGAUGUGAUUUCUGCCAUGGCGAACGACCAUUCACAUUGAUUCCUUGCGAAGGAUGUACAAUGGCCAUGUACUGUUCGGAGGAAUGUCUGAGUAAAGCGUACAACAAGUAUCAUCGAUAUGAGUGCGGGCUUUUACGAGACUUGUGGGAAGUUUUCGAAGAAGUUCCCUUGAUUGCUAUUCGCAUGAUUGCCAUUGCGAUCGCCACCUUCGAUAACAAUCCAGAGACACUGAAGGAUCAUCUCAACGCACUGGAUGAAUCCAAUGUUAACGGGUUUACGAUGGAUUGGAAUAAAGCAACGCAACAGGACAUUUUCAACACGGUGCACGUGUUAACCACUAACCAAGAACGGCGAGACAGCAUUUUUGUUGCAUUCCAUAUCUUCAAUGCUACCAUCCUACAUACCCUUAUUCUGGAAAGAACAGAGCUGGGACCGGUGUGUGGAGCAAACCCAGCGUUUAACAAGUUUUUACUAGAUUUAAUCUUGCGAUAUAUGCAAAUCGUGAAUUGUAACAGAAAAUUGUUGUCCUUUAAUGCGUACAAGGUGAAGGAAUACGUGGCUGAAUCAUUUGCAGUGGGUUGUUAUCCAUUGAUUAGCAUGCUUAACCAUUCCUGUGCUCCCAACGUGCAACGCAUCACUUUGCGCGAUGGGCGGUGUGCAGUUUUUGUCAUCCGUCCAGUUCUCGAAGGAAGUCAACUGUUCGAUAGCUAUGAAACGGGUCAUACAUUGCAUGAACGAGAAAUGAGGCAAUCAAUGUUGUCAUUCAUGUACAGCUUCCAAUGCACAUGUGAAGCAUGUACGUUCAAUUAUCCUACUUGGAAAGUUCUUCUGGAAGGUAGUGAUGUAACCAAUUCUGAAGACAUGGCAAAACAUUUGUACUACAAUCGGAUGCUCAGUUCUCAUGAGGAUAAGAAAGUGCGCAAAAUUAUGGCAGAACUGCGGUCUUUUCUGAAUGAAACACCAAAAUUGUAUCCUGAGAGUGAAGUCUGUUUUAGACAGGUAGAGUUUGUACGGUCUCUUCAAGUACUGUACAACCAAACAUCUGAAAAUGCGGAGUAUUGGAAACACUGCAAACCGUAACUAAUGCUCCCAGAAAAAUGUGUGAGGUUCUGAGUACAACUGAGUUAAUUUCCUUACGUAUAUUUUUAGCGCGGGUUUUUACACAUUUGAUGUUCGUUCAAUAUGCCCAUGAAUUCGAUAUGAUGAUAAUAAACUGAAUUUUUCUUUUUGAUAAAUAACAACU